UCAAGAAAUACACUUGUUCUUUGAAAGGAAGUCAGAUCGAGUGUGUUGCAAGUGUUUUGCAGGCAUCUUUGAGCGUAAAUCGCUAUUAUCCAUAAUUGUUUAAAUCUGAACGAGUCUCAGUAUGCACUGAUCUCGCCAGAAAUGAAAUAACGUAUCAGCAAAUUCAUCACGAUUCACAGAGCAGCAGGACUGCAACCGAGCAUCUGCGCAGGUAAUGUUUGUUACGCCGUUCGUUUAGAAGAAACACGAUGUCGUCGUGGUCGAAGAAAGCUGGGGGCAGACGACCACCACCAAAACACAGCGGAGGAAGUGUCUCAAAGCCUCCCAGACCUUUUCGAAGAACGCCCUAUCCGAUGAGGGAGGACAGAAAAGAUGAUCAUCCAGAAUCUGAGAGCUUUGAGAGCUUAGAUGAAGGGAUUGACUACUCUGGCACUGCAGACUAUGAGCUUUCCCCUCAUCAGUCAGCCGCCGUUUCACCUGAAGAAUACGAGGCAACGGUUCAACGCAAUGCUGUAUACGAGAGGUUCUUCCAGCAACUGCACGGAGACGCUGCUCGACAGCCCGCGGACUGUGUUGUCCUGUCAGUGAACAACCAGAACGUGGAUUACCCCAAAUCGAUAGGCCAGUGUUUGCAGGAACGUGGCCUCUCGGUGGAAAUGCUUUACCUGCAGGUGGAAUCAGGCCUGACGCGGGCCCUCCAAGAUGUCCGCUCCGACGGUUCCCCCUUAUGUAUUCUCGUCGAGCAGACUAAUGUAACACUCUCCUCGUGCACAGUAAUCAUAUUUUCAGAGUCCCUCAAAAUUCAUCGAAAUAUGCCCAAAGAACAGGCCAUGGAGUUUGUGUUGGUGGAGUUCAGGCGCUUGAGCGGUUCGCGGCGGGUGCUGGACCCCACGGAGGCUGCGGCACGGGCGGCUGAGCUGACGGAGGACUACCUGGAGCGUAGCAAGCUGGAGCGCCACACUGUUCCCUCUGCCACCCGCCACCUGCUCUUUCUCCUGGCCGAAGGUUUGCACCUGUACCCAGAGGAACUCAACACACUGACAGAGUAUCUUCAAAACCGCCAAGACCAUCUGCAAGUAACUUCUGUAGAGGUGGGCACUGAUGUUGCUCCUGUGAUAAACAGCCUCCCUCCAGGGUUAGGAAAACCCCCACCACUUCUGCCUGCUGGUUCUGGACCACCACCAAGAGAGCAGACAAACCCACCCUCAGGGUCUGGAGAUGCACCCCCAGGACAUCACAGGGGAUUGCAAGGUUCAUAUCCCAAGACGAAACCACCUCCUUUGCUUUCGAUGCAAAAUCUAAAGCCACCUUCCCACAGAUCAACUGCCCCCCAUAGUCUUCUACCCUCUCGGGCCUCUACGGUGUCACAUGGUUCUUCAUUUAGUCCCCCAUCCAGAGGGCCAGCAACCCCUCAUAGUGUUGACAAGCCACAACCUCUGCUAGGCUCAGCACCUACACAUGGGCCAUCCUCCACCCGUACCCCUCUGCUCGAUCGUGGCCCUCUUCUUGACCGUGCCCCUCUGCUUGAAACGCCUCUUGGUUUCCCGUCCCCUAGAGGACUGUUGCAGCAUCCGGGGUCUCAUUCGUUACGAGGGCCACCGUUGAUAUGUGGACCACCUCCGCAGAAUGGACCCCGGGGUCCUAGAGCACCACCACCUUCACUCAGGAGCCUUCAUAUGGGAGCCCCAACAGGUCCUCGCCCCCCACCACGACGCCUGCUCCCUUGAUUCUCUCGGGACACCUGAUUAAAUCAUAAGCCAGAAUUGCCAUGUGGGACACUUGUUAACAUUUUGGACUGUUUUAUGUUUUUAUAUUUGAUAUAAAUUUGACUUCUGUGUUUUCUUUCAGGAUCCUGAGAUGUUUAAAGAUGUACUGGUGUGGAAAAAGCCUCAGUUGUGUUCUCUUUAUUUCCACAGGUGUAAGCUAAUUUUAAGAAUAAAUAUGGACAUUGUCAGUGGCA